CGUUUUCGGUUUUUAUACCAAUUUGUUUUACGUUUUCGCCUACGGCAAAAAGAAAUUUUAGAACACGCCAGCGUCAAAGCAGGGAAGAGAAAAAGAAAAGAGGAAGGAAGAGUGGUGUCUGGAUGUCGAAAUCAGAGGAGUGCGCUUGAUCCUUUCUUUUUCGCAUGCGGCUCGUACCGUAAUUGACCGGUUUUGUGGAUUCCACGCGGUGUGUGGAUGUUUAUUUUCGUGUGCUCCCUUCGUCGAAAACCCAUCUUCAACAACAACAACAACAACAACAGCUCUUUCUAAACAUUGCGGUGUGUGCCAGCUCAUUUGUAAAGACUCGAGGACCAGGCUGCAUCAGUGGGAAACAUUUCAAGAACAAUGGCUCAAAAUAACUCCCUACUACAGGUUUAUGGUGGUGACGAAGUUGCCGCUAUAGUACUAGAUCCAGGCUCCCAAACCACACGAGCAGGUUAUGCGGGUGAUGAUUUCCCCAGAAUCAUAACCCCAUCGUACGUGGGCACUUCACAAGAAUCUUCAGAUGCAAUGGAGGUGGAUGAUAAUGAUGAUAACAACCUGGGAAAGAAGAAGUUGACAAAGAGAUCCAACACUUACUAUUCGGAAACGGCUUUAAAUUACCCUAAACCAGGUGCUGAGUUGAGCCCAAUAGUUAAAGACGGACUCAUACAAGACUGGGACUCCGCCGUGGAACAAUGGCAAUACAUAUUUGAUGAUUUACGUGUUGAUUUUGCAGAACAACCCUUACUCUUGACAGAGCCGGUUUGGAAUUCCGCUAAAAACCGUGAGAAGUCGCUCGAAGUGGCUCUCGAACAGUUCCAAUUCCCUGGUUUCUACUUGGCGUCUUCGCCAACUUGUGUCGCGUUUGCUCAAGGCCGUCCAUCCGCUUUAGUCGUUGAUGUUGGACAUGACGUUGUGUCAGUAACCCCUGUUGUCGAUGGAAUGUGUUUGGCAAAGACAACGUUAAAGACUCAUUAUGCUGGUAGGUAUCUAUCUGAACAACUGAAAAAGCGCAUCCAAACUGAUAUAGUUCCGCUGUACAAGGUGAAAUCGAAAGUGCUUACAGCACCAAAUGAAGAACCUAGAUGGGUUCCAACCCAGUUCGAAAAUAUUACAAAAUCAUAUGACGAUUACCAAAUCGAGCAAACGGUUCAUCAGAUGAAGGAAUACCUCUUGAAGAUCCCCCAAGAAUUUGAAGAGAAAUAUCCAACGCGUUCCUAUGAAUUACCAAAUGGACACCGUUUCGACUUAUCAAAGGAAAGAUUCGAAGUUGGUGACUCACUGUUUAACCCAAUAAACUACGAAAUUCCUGAAUUCCCAGCUGAGUCUGGUGAACCUGAAAUUGAAUCUAAGAACGAUUACGUUCCAAUCAAACGUUCAUUUAAGAAGACAAAUGAUGAAGAGGAUGGUCCAAAGAAAUCAUCCAAAGUCACUGUUACUCAUAGAGGACUAACUGAGUUGACAUCACAUGCUCUGUCACUUGUCGAUGUUGAUAUAAGAGCACAAUUGGCACAUAACAUUGUGGUGACAGGUGCUUCAUCUUUGAUCACAGGAUUGAACGAGAGAUUGUUUGUCGAGCUAUCGCAGUUACAUCCUGGCCUGAAGAUUCGUGUUCAUGCAACUGGAUCAUCUGCGGAAAGAAAAUUCCAAAGCUGGAUUGGUGGUAGCGUGUUGAGUAGUUUGGGUACUUUCCAUCAACUAUGGGUCAGUAAAAAGGAAUUUGAGGAAGUUGGUGUUGAUAGACUCCUUGCACAAAGAUUUAGAUGA